AUGAUGGAUUUUAUAAAUAUUAUAACUACAAAUCUCCCAACUUCAAUUGCUUUGUUAAUACUUUUAUAUAUCAUCAUAUAUUAUUAUAAAUAUUUUACUAGAGUGAAUCCACUUCCCGGUCCAUUUCCCUGGGUGCCUAUUCUAGGGAAUACUAUAGAUUUGAUUAUUUAUAAAUUAAACAUAGCAGAGUAUUUAAAAGAUAUUCAAUCAAAAUAUGGCGAUUUUUGUGAAGUUCACUUUGGUUCUAAACGACUUAUCAUAAUUUCAAAAAGUGAUGUUGCAUAUCCAAUUCAGACCUCUUCAGUAGCUCUUAGUUAUAAAUUCUUAUAUCGUGAUUUACCAAAUCCUGGAAUAUAUGAAAUUGGCAUGGAAAAUAGCGGAAUAAUUUUUAAUAGAAAUUUGGGUGAAUGGAAAAUUAAUCGCGAGUUCUUCAUAAAAAUAGCAAUGUCAAAAAAAUUUUUAAAACUGAUUACUGAAAAAACUUAUGAAAAGACUGUUUAUAUGUUUAAAUUAUGGGAUAUUUUGAUAAAUGAUACGCGAGAUGUUGAUUUGUCAAAAUGGCUGGACAAGUUUACUGGAGAUAUAUCUGUCUCAACAUCAACUGGACUACCUGCUCACUCAAUGCUUUCUUAUUUUAAUUCUCUGGGAUAUGAUUAUAAUCGAGAUUAUAUUCCAACUUCUGAAUGGGAACAAUCUUCGAAAUUGAUUUCUCUUAUUCAUCGCAUUUUUAAAGCGGGACAAUGGUUCAUUCUAAUCCCACCUUUUAUAAGACAUGCUCCUGGCAUAAGCUACUUUAACAGCAAGUUUUUAAGUUCUAUAAAAGACUUGGAAGUCUUUUUACUUGAAGUAAUUCAAAAAAAACGUGCGGAAAUCGAUUUAUUACCUAAAGAUACUUUACUACCGUCCGACUUUUUAACAUUACUUCUUACUGUCAACACGCCACGGGAUCAAGAACAUGCUUUAUAUAAGUCAUUAAACCGGUCGUUGAAUAAUCAUGAAAUUUUUGGUGUUAUUAGAGACAUUUUCUUGGGUUCUUUCGAAACAGUUACGACUGCAAUGUGUUUUGUAUUUUAUUAUAUAUGCAAAUAUCCUUCUACAAAAUCUAAAGCACUUUCUGAGAUCAACGAGAAAUUUGGUCAUUCAAUUUCUUUAAAUUCCCUUUACGAAGAUAUAGAUAAACUAUCAUAUUGUGAUGCUUUAAUUAAAGAAGCACUUCGCUUAAAUUCUCCAUUUCCAUAUCUGUCACGAUCGAAUUCUGAACCUGUAGAAGUUGGUGGAUAUCUAUGGAAUGAGGGACAAACAUUUAUUUUACAUUACCAAAAAAUAAAUAUUAACAAAGAUGAUUGGGUUGAUGCUGAAGUUUUUGAUCCUGAAAGGUUUUUGAAGAAUGAGAAUAGUAAGCGAUCAAUGAAUGCUAAAGAAGCUAAUAAUAAAAGAGCCGCUGCAACAUUUGGUGGUGGUGCUAGGGGAAAGCUCUGGGCGCUAAUUGAAAUAAAAGUACUUUUAGUGGCAGUCUUAAUGAGAUAUGAUAUGGAAUUUGUAAAUCAAGAUCAAGGAUUAGACUUAUUUAGUGAUUCAUCUUAUCAUUGGCGAGAACUUAGAAUUCGUUUAAGACCUAGAAUACAUGAAGAAUAA